AGGGAGGCGGUUAGAAUGUAGCAAACGGGCUGGGAAUGCAUCAACGUUCCAUCGGGCGAAUGUAUCAACGUUCUACUGGGUAAAUGUAUGAACGUUCCAUCGGACCAAUGUAUCAGCUUUCCAUCGGGCCAAUAUAACGAAGCGACCGGGACAGGACCGCACCGAAGCGGCGCAACGAGCGCCCUGUUCUCCUCCCAGGGGCGAGGAAUGGAGCCAGGGACCCUGGUUCGGGCCAUCUUCGAGUUCUGCCCCAGCGUGUCCGAGGAGCUGCCCAUCUUCGCCGGAGACGUUGUCGAGGUGUUGAGCGUUGUCGAUGAGUUCUGGCUGUUGGGGAAGAAAGAUGGGGUCUCCGGGCAAUUUCCCAGCAGUUUUGUGGAGCCGGUCCACAUUCCCCACACCAAGCCGGGCGAGAGGUUGUACGUCUGCACCAAUGACUUCCAAGCCUCCUCCAUGUCCGACCUUCCUCUCAAGCGAGGUGAUGUACUGGCUGUAGAAGGGCGGGCGGAGGGCCCAUGGCUCUGUGGCCGCACGCCGUGGGGUUUGCGGGGCCUGUUCCCCUCCUCAUGUGCCCGGGACCUGGCGCUGUCGCCGCGGGCGCGGGGCCUGGCGCCGGACGCCCCCCCCGGCCAGCUGCCCCCCUACGGCCUGGCCACUGCCCGGGCCCUGAUGGGCCUGAAGGCCCAGCUGCCCGAGGAGCUGGCCUUCAACGAGGGGGACCUCAUCACCGUGCUCGGCCUGCCCGAGGACGGCUGGUACGAGGGAGAGCUCGCCGGCCACAGGGGCAUUUUCCCACAGGCCUUCGUGGAGCUGUUGGGGCCUCUGCGGUCUUACACAGGGGAGGGGGUUGAAGGGGACGGAGAGGGGCGGAGGAGGAAGGGGGGAGAGGAUGAGGGGGAGGAUCCAGGUCUCCAUGGCGUGGCGCUCUACGAUUUCCAGGCACUGGAAGCGGGGGAGCUAGACUUUACGCGGGGAGAGCGGAUCAGGGUGACGGGCUCCCUGGAGGACGGCUGGCUGCAGGGGUCAGUCGGGGGCCGGAGUGGCAUCUUCCCCGUCCGCUUCGUACGGCUGGAAGGCGGGGGUGGUCUGGCUGACCCCGGGGGGAGGGGUGACGACCCCUCGACUCCCCCAACCUCCACCCCUCGCCUCCCCUCUGUCCCGGCCGUGGCUGCCUGUCCCCGGACCCUGGUGGAUCAACGCGGAUCGGAGGGCGAGGAGCCCUGGGGUUGCCAGGGGUCAGAGGUCAAGGAGUCCUGGGUUGACCAGGGGUCAGAGGGCAAGGAGUCCUGGGGUGAACGGGAGUCAGUAGGUCAGUUACCCUGGGGUCUCCAGGGGUCAGAAGGCAAGGGGUCGUGGGGUCACCAGGGGUCAGAGGUGAGGAAGAGAGCAUCCACGGCCUUCCCCGCCUCACCGGGCACUGUCGCCCGUAGCAACGGGUGGUUGCCGGUGUCGCCCGUUGCCGGGAGCGACCUGGACAGCAAGUGGUCCGAGCAGAUCGAGGAGUUCGGCCGCAGCAUCCCGGCGGCCAGGCUAGAGGUCGCCCAUCCAGCCAGGUCGGAGGUCGCCCCUCCCCCCCGCCGACACUUCUCCAUCUCGAACUUCAGCUCGGAGCAGGACGUGGCCAGGGGCUCCGGCCAGACCCCAGCCAGGCCUGCCCCUCCCCGACCCCUCACCCCCUCCCUCCGCCCGUCCAGACCCGCCCCCCUUCCCCCACCGCUGAGCCGGCUCUCCAGGGGAGCCCCUCUCCCCCACUGCCCUUCACCGGAAGUUGAGGGGGACACGGAACAACCUCCCCCUUGCCCGUUAAGGUCCACAUUCCAAGAACCAGACUGGGAGCUGGAGAUACUCGCCUACCACUCCAAGAGGACCACGUCUCAGGAGAUCCUGUCCUUCGGAACCACGGAAAGCUUGGACCCAUGCUCCAACAACAAGACUCUGGAUGGAGACUUCCUGACUCUGAAAGACAUGACGCUGCUUUCCACCGACAUUGUCGCGCCCGAGCUGCCGCCGGUCUCGGCUACCACGGAGAAACCCGAGCAGAAGAUGAUGGAGAAGAGGGCCAAGGUUAUCGAGGAGCUGCUGCAAACGGAGGCAGACUACAUCAAGGACCUGGAGAUGUGUGUGGACAAAGUGCUCACCCCUCUGCAGGAUAAACAGCUGCAGCAGGUGGAUUGCGAAGCUCUCUUCGGGAACAUCCAGACCGUGAUCGACAUCUCCAAACGCCUUCUCGAGGAGCUGGAGGAAACGGACAGCAUCGGUCGGGUGUUCCUGUGCUACAGGAACGAGCUCCAGGACAUGUACAGCGUGUACUGUCAGAACCACGAGGAGGCCAUCGCCUUGCUGGAGAUGUACGAGAAAGACCGCGAGAUCCAGGGGCACGUCAACGCCUGCCUGGAGCACCUCCGAACACUAUAUCGUCAGUGGGGCAAAACGAACUACAUUAACCUGGGCUCGUUCCUGAUCAAACCGGUACAGCGGGUGAUGAGGUACCCCCUGCUGCUGUCAGAGCUACUGAACACCACCCCGGAGAGACACCACGACAGGAAGCUGCUGGAGGAGGCCGUGAUCGCUAUCAAGGAGCUCAAUGUCAACAUCAACGAGCACAAGCGACGCAAGGACCUGGUGCUGAAGUAUCGCAAAGGUGAUGAAGACUCGCUGAUAGACAAGAUCUCCAAAUUAAGCAUGCACUCCAUCAUAAAGAAAUCUAACCGCGUGAGCAGUCACCUCAAACACCUCACCGGUUUGGCUCCCCAGAUCAGAAACGAGGUGUUUGAGGAGGUGGAACGGAGGUUCCGUGAGCAAGAGCGGCUGAUCAAGAACUUUAUCCGGGACAUCUCCCUCUACCUGCAGCACUUGAGGGAUUCUGCGUCUGUGAAGGUCCUGGCAGCCAUGAGCAUCCUGGACAUGUACGGAGAGAAGAACCAGACCAACCUGGAGUGCUACCAGCGGGCACAACGCCUCAUCUGCGACAGCCUCUUCAACGACUUUAAGGAGCGGACAGAGAGUUUGGUGAUCGGCCCGUUGACCCAGCUGCUGGGCAUGUGUGCCGGCCCCCACAAGCUGAUGAUCAAACGCUUCGACAAGCUGCUGGACUUCCACAACUGCACGGAGCGGGCGGAGAGGCUGAAGGACAAGAGGACGCUGGACGAGCUGCAAGCCGCCAAGAACAACUACGAGGCCCUCAACGCCCAGCUGCUGGACGACAUGCCCCGCUUCCACAGGAGCGCAGAGGAGCUCUUCCUGGGCUGUGUGCGGGGCUUUGCUGAGGCUCACCGCCACUUUGUGGGGGCAACGCUGGCUGAACUCCUGCCCCUGUCACAGUUGAUUUUGUUGGUGAGCAAGGACACCACGAUCGUGGCCUCCUUCCAGGAACAGCACAGUAAGGCCAUGCAGCUGCUCCAGGUCUUCAGCUUCUUCCCAGACUCCCUCCCUGCCUCCAGGAAGCCCUUCGAGCGCAAGACCAUCGAGCGGCAGUCUACAAGGCAGAUGUCCACGUUGCCCCUCUCCAGGUUCCAGACGGGAGAACAGCGGGCAUCCCUGCUGGCGAAGUACGAGCCGGACAAGCUGCACCAGGCCGACCGCAACUUCAACGCUGCCCAGGAGCUCGACGUCUCUCUGCUGGAAGGAGACCUGGUGGGAGUCAUCAAACAGCAGGAUCCCAUGGGCAGCCAGAACCGCUGGCUGGUGGACAAUGGGGUGGUGAAGGGCUUUGUGUACAGUUCCUUCCUGAAGCCGUACAACCCGCGUUGCAGCCACUCGGACAUCUCGGUGGGAAGCCACUCCUCCAACGAGUCUGGCUACGGCGGCUCCUCGCCGGUGAUCUCGCGGCAGAACAGCACCUCGGCCUUGGCGGUCAACCACUCCAGCGGCACCGUCUCCUACUCCGCCCCCACCGUGGACACUCCGGGCCCCGUCACCCCCAGUGUGGGGGGGACACAGAGGACGCAGGGGGGGCAGGUCGCUGCUGACCCCGACCCUUCCCCGCGACCCCCCGCCCUGGCGUACCGAUCCAGCACCUUCGACCACUCGUCAACCGCGACUUCUCAGCGGCCCAAGGAUUCCUACUCCACGGUGCAGCCCAAACGCUCCGGGCAGAUGGAAUACUCCCUGCCGAGGAAAAACAGGGAAUGCCGACGGGUGUUACGCCGGGCAUCAUCGCAGGAGGGCUACCUGGAGAGCAACAACUAUGACCCUGGGCAUCAGGUUUACUACGCCGUCUACAACUUCAGGGCGCGAUGCUCGAACGAGCUCACCAUCCAUCUCAACCAGCGGCUGCGCAUCCUCUGCUUCCACGACAUGGACGGUAACCGGGAGUGGUGGCUGGCGCAGGCUGACGGCAAGCAGGGCUACGUGCCCGCCACCUACAUCCGGAAAACGGAGUACACGUGAGGCGGGGAGAGGAGGCCGAGGGAGGGGUCUGAACGGAACAGCAGCAAUCGCCCUCUCGUGUGUCGGAAACACUCGGGCCAACCAGGCCGGGCGAGAGAGAGAGCCUCGCUGGAAGCCACAUCUUCACCGACUUACUUGGACUUGAAGCCGUGCAAUUGGGGGAAAAAAUGCUGGUGCUAUUCUCCAUCAAAACUCCUCAAUCCAAAUCUUCCUCGAUUCCACUGUGAAUCCGCUGUAAAUGAUACUGUAAAUCAACCCCACCCCCCCCAAGUUAAGAAGAUCGUUUGCCGAUCCGGACUUUUACCUAUCCUCGGCCUCCUGUUUCCAGGAACACCACCGUUUUGAGAUUGGGGUUUGGCAGACGGACGGGGCUACCUAAUUGUGCGUCUGCACGCUGCUGGGGCAAACUGUUGGCAGGAGAAGGGCCGGUGCUGUCUAGACAACGGAAGGCACAAGAGGAACCCUGGCCAGAGGGAUGUGAGGCGUGGGUUCCACGUCUGAUAGCAUGUGGUAUGAUGAUAAAACUUAACAAGUCUAUCCAGCACAGCCCAGUCUUAUAAACACAGCAUUUUAAGCUUUAUGUAUCCUUAUAGAAUGUUUUACACUACACACAGCUCGAUUUUAUAUUUGACUCUGUUUGAGUGUUUUAACCGUGGUUGGUUCGGCUGCAACUCGGGUCAAAGUGCAAGCAUCGAUUACCACGGACAACAAAAACCAAAGGGUGGGGAAGAGAGGGGAGCCUCUAAACCAAAUAGCAGUGUUGGGUGGAGCUAUGAUCUCUAGUUGGAUGGCUAGAAUGGGGCCGAUGGGCCAAAGGUGCUCCUCAAGCCAACAGCUGGUUGGAGACCAGGAGCUGAUCGUCCUUCCUCCAUCAGGGAACCGUAUCCAGGAGAGAGAAGCAAGCCAAAUAUUUACCUAAUGUGCAUGGAGUUGCCUGGCAAAGAACCCAGUCCCAAGCAAAGACCAUCAACUCUCCCUGCAACAAGCCACACUCAAUGGCUUGAAGAUGUUGACUCCAAAGUUGGCCUGUGAGCUUGCUGGGAAUCUAACGAGGUGUCUGGGCCCAUAACGUCAGCUAUCCAUGUUCUGCAGGGAUGCUGCCUGACCCGCUGAGUUACUCCGGCACCUUGUGUCCAGGGUGAGCUUUAUGUUCUGUGGCCACGGGGAGUCUUGGGCAUGGUCAUCGGGCAGUAAAGCUUCGCUACAGCAACGUGUGAUGGGUGGGGGUCUGAGCCCGACGUAAAUGUCCGCACAAGCUCGACAAGCGUUGGAAUCUCGACGAACCACUCUCCUGAUUCAACCUCGCCUGAGCGCCGGAACUAAGUAACCAACAUCAUCUCAGCUCAGCCAGAGGAUGAAGGCCCCGGUGUCUGGAGUAGGAUGGGCAAGGCCAUUCAACCUGAGCUCCUACCUCCCAUGGUCUCGUGCGGAGAGAGGUGUGGGACGGUGAGGUACACACCUCUGGAUAUCUGGCACCAUCUCAUAGCCAUCUCGUUCUCAUCAAUGAACACAGGCAAUGCCUGCGUGUGUGGUCUGUCAGCAAAUGAUGCUAACAUCUACGCUGGAAUUAAAGGGAGACUGUCUCUUCAA